UCUGACACAUAUCAGUGGGCUUUUGACUGUGGUGCGUGUAAACUUUUCUCCAUGGUUCUUGGUCCUAUGCAGGAAUUUACUGGCGUGUGGGUGAGGGAUCCUCGCAUCCAGAAGGAGGAUUUCUGGCAUGCAUACAUGGAUUAUGAAAUCUGCAUAAAUACAAACAGUUUGGCUUUCACUAAGAAAAGUUCUUGUGUGAGGCGGAGAUUCAGCGAAUUUGUGUGGCUACGAAAAAAGCUCCAGGAAAAUGCCCUGCUCGUAACGCAUCUACCCAAACUUCCUCCAAAAAACCCCUUCUUCAGUCUCAACAGUGCCAGGCAAAUCGGCACCCGUAUGGAGGGGCUGAGGAAAUUUCUAGAAGCGGUCGUUCACAACCCGGUGCUUCUGUCAGAUAGUUGCCUGCAUUUGUUUCUACAAUCCCAACUGAGUAUCAAAAAGAUUGAGGCCUGCGCCGAGGGCAGGAGCCGCUACACUGUCUCUGAUGCCAUCCACAGUUUUGGUUCUGGAAUCAAACGCUUUGAUUCUGAAUUAGAGGAGGAUCUGGAGGAUGAAGACGUGCACUAUGAAUCAGAGUGAUUGACUUGCAUGUGUUAAAUAAAUACAGAGCCAAUCCAAAUUCAGAAAGGCAAUGCUGGGUGACAAGAGACAAUGAAAUUGUUACUAAAUCCAUAUUUCAUCAUGCACCUGUGUUCUUUUUAUGAUAAAUCUGCAUCGAAAAAUAGAAUGUAAUUAAACGUUAAAUUGUAUAAAAACACAUUAUGUGAACAUUAAUGUCUUGCUCGAGAAUCAAAUGAAUGUAAAAAAAACAUAACGUGGCCUCUGUGGAAGAUGGUUUGCUGUUAAAACUACAGAUGUGCGUUGAGAGCUUUAUGAGAGGAAAUUUACGCUCGCGUGUGAAGUCCCUUAAACGCAAUAACCCCAUCCUAACAAGCAAAUACAGGGCAUUAGGAUGUUACGUGAUUUAAACCCGGCCUCCGAGAGCUACAUCCAAAUAAUAAUCUCUACUCAAACAAUUUUAUAGCUAUACUUAGCCAUAAAAGAUCAUUGUCUGGAUGCCAUACAAAUUGAGCCUUCUAAUAAAUAUUCAACAAUUACGUGUGAGGUCCUCCAUAUCCCUGACCGGCAGAUGGCGCCGCUGACCAUUGACUGACUGCUCUCAACUGUAAAACCAUAUACGCUUCAAUAAACGCCCUGAAUGCAAGUUUUUUUUGCUUUUUACUGUAAAUCAUUUACUACUUUCAGAAAAGCAUGCAUAGAUUCAUACACACAGAUUUUGGAAGAUAUGUUCCCUUUCAUUGAUGUAAUAAUAAUUUGGCCAAUUUAUAAGCUUUUCAAAUAGAACUAAUUUAUGUUUUGCGAUACUGUACAUACCGCAAACAUGCUGUCUGUUAGUUGUUUUAUAUUUUUUUGUAUUUGUUUCCAAUUUGCAUGCUGAUUUGAGUUUAAAUGUUUCCUAUUAUGUUUACUGUAUUAAAUUAAAAUGAAGGAAUGCUCGUGAGCCCCA